CUCCUCCCAGGUCCCGCCCAGGCCUGGCUUCUGUCCUGCGCAGAGAUUCGCGAAAACCCGGAAGCGGAUCGCGUGGAGUGACGGUCCCACGGCAGCGCAUGCCCUGUAUGGAUUUUUGGGGAACUGGGUACUGACGAACCUGAAACAGGAGUUGCUUGUGGUUUUGAUUCUGCUACUACUGGCGCAUGAUUUACAGCUAACCCAGGAUUGACUUCUAAAGACUCUUGGUACGUGAGGAAGAAACCUGGAAGAGGAAAGCAAAGGAGUCAGGGAUGGCUCUUCCUCAGGGUCUAUUGACAUUCAGGGACGUGGCCAUAGAAUUCUCUCAGGAGGAGUGGAAAUGCCUGGACCCUGCUCAGAGGACUCUAUACAGAGACGUGAUGUUGGAGAAUUAUAGGAACCUGGUCUCCCUGGAUAUCUCUUCCAAAUGCAUGAUGAAGGAGGUCUUGUCAACUGCACAAGGCAAUAGAGAAGUGAUCCACACAGGGACAUUGCAAAGACAUGAAAGUCAUCACACUGGAGACUUUCGCUUUCAGGAAAUUGAUAAAGAUAUUCAUAACUUAGAGUUUCAGUGGCAAGAAGAUGAAAGAAAUAGCCAUGAAGCACCCAUGACAGAAAUCAGAAAGUUGACUGGUAGUGCAGACCGAUAUGAUCAAAGGCAUGCUGGAAACAAGCCUAUUAAAGAUCAGCUUGGAUCAAGCUUUCAUUCGCAUCUGCCUGAACUCCACAUGUUUCAGACCCAAGGGAAAAUUGGUAAUCAAGUGGAGAAGUCUAUCAACAACGCUUCCUCAAUUUCAACAGCCCAAAGAAUUUGUUGUAGGCCCAAAACCCAUAUUUCUAAUAACUAUGGGAAUAAUUUCCGGAAUUCUUCGUUACUCACACAAAAACGGGAGGUAUACAUGAGAGAAAAGUCUUUCCAAUGUAAUGAGAGUGGCAAAGCCUUUAAUUAUAGCUCACUCUCAAGGAAACAUCAAAUAAUCCAUUUAGGAGAGAAACAAUAUAAAUGUGAUGUAUGUGGCAAGGUCUUUAAUCGGAAGCGAAACCUAGUGUGCCAUCGUAGAUGUCACACUGGGGAGAAACCUUACAGGUGUAAUGAGUGUGGCAAGACCUUCAGUCAGACGUAUUCCCUUACAUGCCAUCGUAGACUUCAUACUGGAGAGAAACCUUACAAGUGUGAAGAAUGUGACAAAGCUUUCAGUUUCAAAUCAAACCUUAAAAGACAUAGGAGAAUUCAUGCUGGAGAAAAACCGUACAAGUGUAAUGACUGUGGCAAGACCUUUAGUCAGACGUCAUCCCUUACAUGCCAUCGUAGACUUCAUACUGGAGAGAAACCUUUCAAGUGUAAUGAGUGUGGCAAGACCUUUAGUCGGAAGUCAUCCCUUACAUGCCAUCAUAGACUUCAUACGGGAGAGAAACCUUAUAAGUGUAAUGAAUGUGGCAAGACCUUUAGCCAGGAGUUAACCCUUAAAUGCCAUCGUAGACUUCAUACCGGAGAGAAGCCUUACAAGUGUAAUGAAUGUGGCAAGGUUUUUAAUAAAAAGGCAAACCUUGCACGUCAUCAUAGACUUCAUAGUGGAGAGAAACCCUUCAAGUGUACUGAGUGUGUCAAGACGUUCAGUCGAAAUUCAGCCCUUGUAAUUCAUAAGGCUAUUCAUAUUGGAGAGAAACGUUACAAGUGUAAUGAGUGUGGCAAGACGUUCAGUCGAAUUUCAGCCCUCGUAAUUCAUACGGCAAUUCAUACUGGAGAGAAACCUUACAAGUGUAAUGAAUGUGGCAAGGGUUUUAAUCGAAAAGCACACCUUGCAUGUCAUCAUAGACUUCAUACUGGAGAGAAACCUUACAAGUGUAAUGAAUGUGGCAAGGUUUUUAAUCGAAAAACACACCUUGCACAUCAUCAUAGACUUCAUACUGGAGAUAAACCUUACAAGUGUAAUGAAUGUGGCAAGGUUUUUAAUCAAAAAGCACACCUUGCACGUCACCAUAGACUUCAUACUGGAGAGAAACCUUACAAGUGUAAUGAAUGUGGCAAGGUUUUUAAUCAAAAAGCAAACCUUGCACGUCAUCAUAGACUUCAUACUGGAGAGAAACCUUACAAGUUUAAUGAGUGUGGCAAAGUUUUUAAUUGAAAAGCAAAGCUUGCACAUCAUCAUACAAUUCAUACUGGAAAGAAACAAGUGCAAUGAGUGUGGCAAGACCUUCUGUCACAAUUCAGUCCUUGUAAUUCAUAAGAAUUCAUACUGGAGAGAAACCUUACAAGUGUAAUGAACGUUGCAAAAUUUUUAAUCAACAAGCACACCUUCCACGUCAUCACAGACUUCAUAGUGGAGAGAAACCUUAGAAAUGUGAAGCAUGUGACAAAGUUUACAGUCACAAAUCAAGCCUCAAAAGACAGGAGAAUUCAUACUGGAGAGAGAGCUUACAAAGGUGAAGAAUAUCACAGAGUUUUCAGUCACAAGUCAAACCUUGAAAGACAUAAAAUAAUUCAUACUGCAGAGAAACCAUAAAAUUGUAAGAGUUCGUGACAAGGCUUUCGGGCAUGAUUCACACCUGGCACAACAUCCUAGAAUUUAUACUGGAGAGAAACCUUACAAGUGUAAUGAGUGUGGCAAAGCCUUAAUGAGCAGUCAACACUUACUCACCAUCAGGCAAUCCAUGGUGAAGGAAACUUGACUAAUGUAAUGAUUGUCACCAAGUCUUCAGUAACGCUACAACCAUUGCAAAUCAUUGGAGAAUCCAUAAGGAAGAGAGAUCAUACAAGUGUAAUAAUCGGCAAAUUUUUCAGACAUCGUCCAUACCUUGCAGUUCAUUGGCGAACUCAUGCUGGAGAGAAACCUUAUAAAUGUCAUGAUUGAGGCAAGGUCUUCAGUCAAGCUUCAUCCUCUUUUACAAAUGUUCUUGAGGAUCAGUUGGAUCCUCACAGAGCACCUUGCCCAGCAGUCAGUAAGUUCUCAAUAAAUGUAAGCAUAUCUGUAAGGAGAUGUGGAGAACAGUGUGAAUGUGCAUUCAUUGCUAUCCAGCAAUUUGCAAUUUUUCCCUCAAAAAUCCCAGUUGUUUUCUUUUUUUUCUUUUUUUUUAAUGGGUCAAGUAAAUUUCUUUUUUUAUUAUUAUUAUUAUACUUUAAGUUUUAGGGUACAUGUGCACAUUGUGCAGGUUAGUUACAUAUGUAUACAUGUGACAUGCUGGUGCACUGCACCCACUAACUCGUCAUCUAGCAUUAGGUAUAUCUCCCAAAGCUAUCCCUCCCCCCUUCCCCCACCCCACAACAGGCCCCAGAGUGUGAUGUUCCCCUUCCUGUGUCCAUGUGAUCUCAUUGUUCAAUUCCCACCUAUGAGUGAGAAUAUGCGGUGUUUGGUUUUUUGUUCUUCAGAUAGUUUACUGAGAAUGAUGAUUUCCAAUUUCAUACAGGAGAGAAACCUCACAUGUGUGAUGAUUGUGGCAAAGCCUUUACUUCACGUUCACACCUCCUUAGACAUCAGAGAAUGCACACUGGACGGAAAUCUUACAAAUGUCAUCAGUGUGGCAAGGUUUUCAGUCUGACUUCACUCCUUGCAGAAUAUCAGAAAAUUCAUUUUGAGAUAAUUGUUCCAAAUGCAAUGAGUAGAGCAAACUAUCAAGCAGUAAUUGACAUUAAAGUGUUUAUGUUAAGAGGAUUGGGCCAGGUACAGUGUCUCACACCUGUAAUCCCAGCACUUUGGGAGGCCAAGGCGCGUAGAUCACUUGAGGUCAGGAGUUUCAGAUCAGUCUGGCCAACAAACAUGAGCCACUUUUCCCAGUUUGCUUUUUGUUCUUUAACAAAAACUGAGAGAGAUUUUUAUGGGUAUCGUGUUUAAUCUAAAUCACAUUGGGUUAUAUAAUCAUUUAACAAUAUUAAUUUUUCCAAACCAUCAAUAUGGGUUAUAUGUCUGUAUAUGUUUUUAAUGAUAUUGAUCUAUAUUUGUAGAUUUCAAGGUACAAACUUGUCACCUUUUUACUUUUAUUUCUAUUUCUCUAAGUUCUCUAGCAAAUGGAAGUGUUUUUAAAUUUUCUUUUAAAAUUGUUUAUUGUUACAAACUUCUCACCUUUUUACUUUUAUUCCUAAGUAUUUCUUACUUUAAGUUCUCUAGCAAAUGGAAGUGUUUUUAAAUUUUCUUUUAAAAUUGUUUAUUGUUAAUGUAUGGAAAUUCAACUAAUUUUUGGUGCUGAUAUUGUACUGUGCAGAUACACUGAAUCUGUUUAUUACUUCCAGUAGUAUUUUGGUUGAGUCUUUGUGAUUUUCUACACAGAAGAUCAUGUCAUCUACAAACAAAUAUAAUUUUACUUCUUUCUUUCUGA